GAUAAGAACCGCAUCGUCCUCUUCCGCGACCUCUGGCACGAGUGUACGGGCUACGGCCCCUUCUAUCGGUCGGCGGAGCUGCGGGGGAAACCACAAAGCAUGCAGCAAGGGGUGAUGUUGGACCCUCUCCCGCACGUGGAAUACUGCCUGCCUUGCCAGGCGGCACAGGCGACCGAUAGGGCUGCCGAGUAUCUCACGCAUCUUCUUGGUAACGCGGAUCUGAUAGUACCCCCGGCAAAGGGACGAGACUUCCAUGUCGAUGACGCUUG